UUUCGUGUACGUUAUGUCCCUGCGACACUGGACUUAGAGGAAACAGAAAGCAUGGCGACAGAAGAGGGAGUGAAAAAACCAACACUGGAGGUGGUCCAGGCGGAGGGUUCUGAUGACACUUGCGUCACCUUCGUUUUGCAUGAUGAAGAUCACACAUUGGGGAACUCGCUUCGCUACAUGAUUAUGAAGAACCCAGAAGUGGAGUUUUGUGGCUACAGCAUUACUCAUCCUUCAGAGACCAAAAUAAACUUCAGGAUUCAGACGAGAGGCGAGCUCCCCGCUGUAGAGCCCUUUCGUCAAGGCCUGAAUGAUUUGACUACAGUCUGCCAGCACGUUCUCAACACUUUUGAGACAAGUAUGAAGACAUACAAAGAGCAGAAAGAGGAAGCCAUGGAGUAAUUCUGGAGCGGACCAAAUGUUGAGGUUCCUAUAGCAACAGAGCUCCUAGCAGGGUGCCAACCUUGCAAUUUUGUUUUUACUCAAAUGCAAACGUACAAGUUAGGAAACAAAUCAGGACAACAUAUUACACUAAAGUUAGAACAUUAGUAAGCUAGAAACUUAAAGAAACAAAGCCACUUUUUGAAAGAAACAACAAAAGUAAAUUUGACACAGUUAGAAAUAACAAAUAAGUUAGACAGUAAGAAGAGAGUAAGACAACAAGUUAGCAAGACACACAUUGACAGCAGGAAUGAUGCCCUUGGAGAACAAAUUAAGACAGAUAGUAAUAAACUGUUACAGACAGUAAUUAGAAAGAAACAAUUGGAGACUAAAUGAAGUACGUUUAGAACGAAACCGUUGGAGAACAAACUUAGAAUAAACCAUUAAACCAGUAAAGACAGAUGGAAUAAAUUAAGAAUGGACCAAUAGAAUGCAAGAAGAAACAGGGAGGCAACAAGAGCCAGCAGAACAGAAAACAUUUAGUUUCAGGGAAAAAGACUGACAGUUAACAAAGUAUGAAAACAAUAUACUAUUAUGAGUAAAGCAACCGAGGGGGUAACAGAAAGAAAACAAACUGUGCCUGUCCACCUCAGUUACUGUGUUUUUUUUUUUUUUUUAAAGCUGAGCUUGAAUUAUUUAUUUCCAUUUUUCAUCACCAAAAAUGAUUGUUUGGCUGUGCCUGUUUAGAAUGCUUUAGAAAUAUAAACUGCUGGAGACGUGAGAUGUUUAAGGGAUAAUAUUUUGUUUGACAUGCCCGUCCUAGUUGACAUCAUGGUGCAUGAUUGGGUCACUGAGGGACUGAACAGCAACUGUCACUUCCCAGGCAAAUAAACCCUGUACGCCAAGUUGCCGAAAAGACCAAUUCUGCUGCAGCUUGAAGAACUUCUCAGCAGAAAUCGAGAAUUCCACAAGGCCCUGAACAUGCUAAGAGAUGGGAGUUGAACGUGGAGAAUGUAAUGUAUCCGGUACUGUUGGAUGAAAGUUCAAAGAGCUGCAGCAAUCUGAAUAAUUUCAAAUAAUAAAAUAUAAGGGUAAAAGCAAGCAAGCAAGCAAGCAAGCAAGCAAGCAAGCAAGCUGUGUACUUGGUAUUGUCAUCCUGGAAUUUGAAUUGCAGCUACAUGCUAGGACUGUAAGCCAGGCAUUUCAUAUAUUCAAAAGUUCUGCCUGCAUUUUCUUGUUAUAGUGAUGGGUAUACAUUUUACAGUUCACUUUUCUGUUUUUAAAUAAAUAAUAAAAAAUAAAAAAAC